CUAUUUACAUGACCUGACUUGUGCAAAACAUAUGCAGAAGUAGCCAAAUGGUUCUAAAAUGUGACAUGUGCAAUAAAUAAUUAAAUUAUACAACAGUGGUUGAAUGCCAUGUACAAUGUUAAGCCCAGUUGGAUGUAAUAUAUGAAAGUAGUUAGUACAGUGGAUUAAAAUAGGGAUAUGAAAUGUAAAGUCCAGUUUGAUAACAGCUGUUGUACAACAGGACUCAAGUAAUAUAUUUCUGACCUUAACUCUUACCUUCAACUGUCCCUUUCCCUAAAUAUUACAGGGCUCCACUGAUGAGUGUGAGCAACACAAUCCCCCAGCGCCAGGGGGAGGAGGAGGAGGAGACAGAUGAAGAUAUCCCCGGUUGAAGGCUGUAGGCUGACGGUUGAAGGCUGAAGGCUGUAGGUUUUAGGCACAGACUGUAUAUAAAUAAUAAUCUUUAUAUACAGUUAAUGGUUUUAGGUUGUAGAUUGAAGGCUGUAGGUGGCGCCAGAGCCUCGCUGUCAUGCAAAUGAACUGAACUGUAAAAGAAGCCAAACAGGCUGCGUUAGCUUCACUGUAAUGACGUUAGCCUUCUGGAUGUUGUUUUUCCACCGUUAAUGAGUUUGUAGUACCGGGGACUGACAUCCAUGUACAUCUCCGGUCUCUGAAGCACAUCCACCGUGACUUCCGCGAAGUCAGUCCAGUGUCCACCCGGUGCUCCUGAAGGAAGUGGUGACCCUGCCCUACUGACACCCUGCUUCUCCUGCCCUCCCCCGAACUCUGCCCCCCCACCCCCUGUCCUGAUUGGGUCUCUGUGCUGCCGGCGGUGGAUUGGAGCACUCUGAUUGGAGGCUUUGCGAGGUGGUUUUUCGGUCUGGCGCCGCCUCCCCCCGGGGCCGGCGUGCGCUCCCAGCAGCCCGUGGUGCCCUGCGCCCCCCCCUCCCCGUCACCGCACACCAGAGCCCAUGCCCCGGGAGGCGUGGUGCGUCCGCCAGGAGCCAUGUGCCUCCCUCACACCAACAACAUGGACAGCAAGCUACAGGGGACGGGGCCGGGGGGAGGGGCUUCACUUCGAGCACGAGGAGGAGGCGUUCCACUGGAGCCCUUCAUACACCAGGUGGGGGGUCACACCAGUAUGAUGCGUUAUGAUGACCACACGGUGUGUAAGCCUCUAAUCAGCAGAGAGCAGCGCUUCUACGAGUCACUUCCUCCGGAGAUGAAGGAGUUCACGCCGGAGUAUAAAGGUGUGGUGCUGGUGUGUUUCGAAGGCGACUCUGACGGUUACAUCAACUUGGUGGCCUACCCUUAUGGAGAGAGUAACAUGGAGGGAGGGGCUGGAGAGCACGAGGAGCGUGACCCCCCUGAGAGGGAGCAGCCGAGGAGGAAACACUCCCGCCGUAGCCUCCAUCGAUCCUCCUCCUCCUCUGACCACAAGGAGGAGCGGCCUGACAGGAGGGAGGCGCACGACGCAGACACCUCUGAUAAUCUUGCAGAGCUGAAGAGUCCCAGACUCGACCCAAAGAUCCACUCAGACGUUCCCUUUCAGAUGUUGGACUGGAAUAGUGGUUUGAGUUCAGAGAAGAUCAGCCACAACCCCUGGAGCCUCCGCUGCCACAAACAGCAGCUCAGCCGCAUGAGGUCCGAAUCAAAGGACCGCAAACUCUUCAAGUUCCUGUUGUUGGAGAACGUGGUUCACCACUUCUCUUACCCCUGCAUCCUGGACCUGAAGAUGGGCACCAGGCAGCACGGAGACGACGCCUCGGAGGAGAAGGCGGCCAGGCAGAUGAAGAAAUGUGAACAGAGCACUUCAGCGACGCUGGGAGUCAGAGUGUGUGGCAUGCAGGUGUACCAGCUGAACACCGGUCACUACCUCUGCAGGAACAAGUACUACGGCCGCGGCCUGUCGAUCGAGGGUUUUCGCCAGGCCCUCUACCAGUACAUGCACAACGGCAAAGGCCUGAGGCGGGACCUCUUUGAGCCAAUCCUGAAUAAGCUUCGCAGCCUGAAGGCGGUGCUGGAGAGGCAGGCGUCCUAUCGCUUCUACUCGUCUUCACUGCUCAUCAUCUAUGAGGGAAAGGAACCUGAGGGCCCUUCAGUCCUCAGCUCUGGGCAGCACGCAUCCUGGCAGAAGACUCCUGCGGCCCCCGCCGAGCCUCGCUGUGGCCCCGGGCCCCACGCACCUCCGUUCCCCGACACUCCCUGUGAAACGGACAUGACCCAGAACCCGGGAUCACUGCCCUCUCAGGGACCUGGACUGAUGGCUCCGCCCACCCCCUCCCCUCAUCCUCCCCCACAGGCCCCGCCCACCAAGUCAGACUGCCACUCCUUCCUGCCCCCUCCCCCCUCGCCUCACCCCCAUCCAGACUCCUCUGCCCCCUCUCCCAUUUUAAACCCCUUCCCGCCUCCUCUGGCCCCGCCGCCCCAGCAGCCCCCCCUGGUGGACGUUCGUAUGAUCGACUUCGCCCACUCCACCUUUAAGGGUUUCCGUGGCGACACGGCGGUGCACGAUGGGCCGGACCGAGGUUACGUGUUCGGACUGGAGAGCCUGGUCCAGAUCCUGGAGAGCCUGCGGGAUGACAGCCUGCCGUAGCUCUGAACACACACACACACACACA